GUCCUUAAGUUAUUGAGUGAUAUUCUUUCAAUGUAUGUACAUGCGGUAGGAGUCAUAUUGAAAAGGGAUUCAGAAAUGGGUCAACACCGUGUUUCUAAUCAAUCAGAUGCAUCUGGCAGCCCCGGCAUUGUUCAUCAUAUUUUGCAUAGUUUGCUUCCAUUAUCUGUUGAUAAAUCAUCUGGACUUGAUGAAUGGAGGGACAAGUUAUCUGAAAAAGCUUCUUGGUUCCUGGUGGUUCUGUGUGGUCGUUCCUGUGAAGGUCGUAAAAGAGUGAUUAAUGAACUUGUGAAAGCCUUAUCUUCUCUCUUUAAUGUGGAGAGCAAUUCAAUAAAUAAUUCAUUGGUGCCUGACAAAAGGGUAUUUGGUUUUGCUGAUUUGUCAUAUUCAAUUUUGUCAAAGAACUCAUCAUCAAGCAACUUACCUGGCACUGGCUGCUCACCAGAUAUAGCAAAAAGCAUGAUUGAAGGAAGAGUUGUUCAGUAUCUAACCAAUAUACUUGAAGUGAUUGACUUAGAUCAUUCUGAUGCACCCAAAACUGUAAAUCUGAUGCUCAAGGCUUUGGAGAGCCUGACAAGAGCUGCUAAUGCAAAUGAACAGUUUUUUAAGUUAGACGGUUCCAACAAGAAGAAGUCAUCAGAAAGACAUAUUGAUCAGGUAACUGUAUCAGCUGUUGACGAAAUAGAGCACACUCAGAAUGGGAGUGGUCAACAAGCAGAUGUAGAUGCAGAGGUGACUGAGCAGCAGCAACAUCAAGCAACUUCACAAAUUGAAAAUUACAAUGCUAACUCAAAUGAUCCUAUUGACCAAGAUAUGAGAGUUGAGGUGGAGCCUGCAGCUAGCAACACGCAUGUGGAACUUGUGAUGGAUUUCAUGCAUGAAGAAAUUGAAGGUGGUGUGUUGCAUAACACUGAGCAAAUUGAGAUGACAUUCAGAGUGGAGAAUAGGGCAGAUGAUGAUAUGGGUGAUGAGGAUGAUGACAUGGCUGAUGAUGGGGAUGAUGACGAAGGAGAAGGAGAGGAUGAGGAUAUAGCUGAAGAUGGUGCUGGAAUGAUAUCUCUUGCUGAUACUUAUGUGGAGGACCAUGAUGAUUACGGUUUGGGAGAUGACUAUAAUGAUGACAUGAUUGAUGAGGAAGAUGAUGACUUUGAUGGUCACCGCGUUAUAGAGGUAAGGUGGAGGGAAGCCCUCGAUGGGUUAGAUCAUCUGCAGGUACUUGGUCAGCCUGGAGCUGCAAGUGGUUUGAUUGAUCAGACUGCUGAGCCUUUUGAGGGUGUGAAUGUGGAUGAUCUCUUUGGUCUUCGUAGGCCUGUAGGUUUUGAACGCAGGCGAUCUAAUGGCAGAUCGUCUUUUGAUCGUUCUGUUACAGAAGUAAAUGGCUUUCAACUUCCUCUUCUGUUAAGACCGUCCCAGUCAGGGGACUUAAGUUCUAUGCGGUCAUCUGGUGGGAAUUCAUUCAGGGAUUUGGAAGCUAUCUCCUCUGGGAGUUUUGAUGUUACUCAGUUCUACAUGUUUGAUGCUCCAGGUCGGCCAUAUGAUCAGGCACCGAAUGGUCUAUUUGGUCAUCGAUUGGGUUGUGCAGCACCGACGCCUUUGACUGAUUAUUCUGUAGGCAUGGAUCAUUGCAUCUGCAAGGGAGGAGGGGGUGGUGAUGGACGAUGGACUGAUGAUGGUCAGCCACAAGCAAGUGCUCAAGCUGCAGCAAUUGCACAGGCUGUAGAGGAACAGUUUAUAUCUCAUUUCUGCAGUACAACUCCUUCGAACGAUUUAGCAGAAAGGCACUCACAAAAUUCUGGAAUCCAGGAGUUGCAACCAUUAGGUGCUACUCCAUCAAAUGAUGGCAAGGCUGUGGUACAAGGAGAAAAUGCUAGCAGUGAGCAGUGA